CAACGCCCACGUGCGCCCCGUCCGCGCAGCGGCCCCCCGCCCCCUCGCGAUGCUCGCCCGCGGGCUGCUCCUCGCGGGCCUGGCCGCCGAGUGCGGCGGCCUGCAGCUCGAGCGCCGGGACGCGGGCGACAGCCAGCGGCGCAGCUCCAUGCUCGUGGUGCUGAACGGCUACCCCGGCGGCAUCGACCUGCUCGAGGAGCAGGGCAGGCGCGCGAAGGCCCAGGGGGCCUCGCUGCUGCUCACGAGCCACGAGGAGGCCGAGGCCCCUCCCGGCGGGGCGGGGCAACGACGGAUGGCAACCCCAAGGCCACCCCAUUCAAGGUCCACGCGAUCACUCCCAUGCAGUUCUGCUCGACCCCCGCCGUGGGCACCCACAAGCGCCCCUGCAACCGCGCCGACGCGGACAACAAGUUCAUGGGCGCCACCCUGCUCGCCAACAGCACGAACCACGGCUUCAGGUGGCUGCUCCUUGGCGACGACGACACCACUUUCAACCUCGAGACGAUCGAGCAGGCCCUGGAGGAGUUCAACCCGAAGGAUCCCCAUUACUUCGGCAUUUCCAAGCUCGGGCAGCGCGGCAACAACCAGACGCGGCCGGCCGGCUACGAGACAGCGCUGUCGAGCUGCCCCAAGCUCAGGCCUGAUGACGGACUUCGGCUCUGGUCCGUCAACCUUACCUCUGACAUCACGGACGUCAACAAAGAUUGCGACCCGAUGCCGUUCCGCGACGACAGUUGGUUCCAGUGGGCCAAGGGUGGCGACGGCAUCAUCCUCAGUGCGGGCCUCGUCGACAGCAUUGCGUCCUCGGACUGGCAGCAGUGCGUGGACCGCAUCGUCACGUUCGGCGGCGACGUGCGCAUCGCACUGUGCCUCGCCCUGCUUGGUCACCGCGUGGAGAAGCUGGAGGAUCUGAGGGCGCGACUGGCAAGCUCAGCGAGCACAAGCUGGACCUGGGCGUCCCCAGCCAGCACAAGUCCAAGCACGCCAAGGGCGGCAAGCGUGGCGACAUGGUGCAGACGCUGA